AUGUCCGAUGAUAUCUGUAUUUCUUUCAUGUUUGGGCUAGGUCACAUAAACCACUCAAUUUUCUGGAAAUGUCUGGCACCGCAUGAGGAAGGAGGUGGUGAGCCACCAAAGGAUUCAUUAGGAUGGGAGAUUGACAAUCAGUUUGGUUCCUUAGAAAGUUUGAAACAAAAAAUGAUGGUAGAAGGUGCUGCUUUGCAAGGUUCUGGUUGGGUGUGGCUUGCGCUUGACAGAGUUCAAAAGAGGCUUUUAAUUGAAACCACAGCUAAUCAGGAUCCGCUUGUAAUCAAAGGAGCAAGUUAUGUUCCUCUGGCUGGGAUAGAUGUUUGGGAGCAUACUUACUACCUGCAGUACAAAAACGUGAGGCCAGAUUAUCUGAAGCACAUAUGGGAGGUUAUUAACUGGAAAUGUGCAAGUGGAUUGUAUGAGAAAGAGCAUCCAUGA